UCAAUAUGCUAAUAAGGGGAAGGGCUGCAUUGCUGGAACCUGUUCUAAAUGUCAUGAUUUAAAGGUUAGGAUGAUUAAACCUGAGCUCCAUCAAGACCUGAUAUACCUGUGAAAGAAACACUUCACACGCAAAGACUGGAGUUUAGACAACUGCUGAAAGAAGAGAUUUAGAGGUGCAGCAUUAGAACGAGGCAGAAACUAACCUUUACACCUGUAUUUGUGCAGAGGAAGACACUUUAAAGGAGCAGGGAGGAAAGAUGAGUUGACAUGUGAUAUCCAGAAGUGAACACAAGUGAGUGGUGAGAUGACACAGGUUCUCCGUGCAGGCAGAGCAUCCCAUGCAGGGGUGGGAUUACCGUGUUCAUCAUGGACCUGGAGUCUUGGUGCAUUACAGCACGGCUCCUGCAGCCGGGGCUCCGGACAGCAGCCGGAGCUUCUGUUUGUCCAGAGAGAAGCUCAGCAUGCAGCAGCUCAACAGGAGGCUGGCCUCGUACCUGCAGCAGGUCCAGAGUCUGGAGGUGGCCAAUCAGAGGCUGGAGUGUCACAUCCAGGAGGAGCUGGACAGGAAGUGUCCCCAAGAGCUGAGACAGCUGGACGGACACCUGAAGGCGGUGUCCCUGCUGCAGGGACAGAUCAGUGAUUGUCUCUCGGCCCAGGCUGAGGUGAAGCUGCAGCUGCUCGGUGCAGAGCUCACCGUCUUCGACUUCAGCUCCAGGUGUGACAAGGAGAGUAAGCGUUGUGGUAGUGUGGAGGCGGAGCUCAGUGACAUGAGGCUGCUGCAGGAGGGGCUGCUGCUGCACACUCUGCCAGAGCUCCACAAACUGUGGAGAGACCUCACACAGCGACUGACGGAGCUGCAGAGACAACACCAGCAGGACACGCGGGGUCUCCUCGCCCAGGCGUCAGGGGGUGUAGCUGUGGAGAUGCAGACGGCGGGGUCAUCAGAUCUGAUCCAGCAGCUGGAGCACCUGAGGAGGGCCGGUGAGACGCUGCUCCACCAGAAGCAUUGCUACAACACCCAGGUAUCUUUGCUGAGCUCUCCAGCGGUGACCUUUGACCCUCGAGCAGGGUCAGAGGUCUUCCAGGCCGAGGUUGAGGAGCUGUGGAGAACAGCAGGAGGUCUGGAGGAGGAGCUCACACAGCUGCAGGAUCUGAACAUGGUGUUGGAGGCCUCCAGUCUGCAGCAGACAGAGUCCUUCGUCCUGCAGCUGGUGGACUUACAGCAGAAAGCAGACGUCCUGUGCAGAGACCUGGAUUCAGAGCUGCAGUUUGCAGCUCAGCAGGCUGAAGAGCAUCAGGCGUUGCUGGAGGUAAACAGCAGGCUGGAGACCCAGAUAGAGGACUACAGGAGGCUGCUGGAUGCAUCAAGCAUACAAGGGCUCUCAGGUCCUCAGUCAAUCUUCGCGGCUAACGUCACAUCUUUCUGUGCUGAAACCAGCCCUCCUGCCUACAAAAGAAACAUCACACCAAUAAAUACAUUUAGCAUUCGGGGAGGAAAUCUCAGGAUGAUGGGGGUUCAAACUGUCUUUAGAGGCCACACACACAAUGUCAUACAACAGCAAUCGAAAAACUCACCAAUAAGAUCGAUUAACACUUCAAAUCUGAUAGGAUCAUUCCACAAGGCUGAAUACCAGGGCACAGGCGCUCUUCCUAAAAGAACCAAGAGCGAAUGCAUGACCGUCAGCACAACAGUGGACAGAAAGGGCAGUCCUGUGGAGCAUAAAGUCCAUACUAAACAUUGUGAGCUGCAGAACUCAUCCAUUGUCAGUACUGAGAUUAGCCAAGUUUUAGAAGAAGGGGCUGGUGGCAAAGCUUCUAAACCGAAGAUAAGUACUGCACAAAAACACACAACAUUGGCAAAACCAGAAGAUAUUACUUCUAAACAAAUAACCACAGGAACUGGUUUGCAGGCUGAUCAAACAACGACCCACGUUGAAACAGAGGUCCCCAAAAACAUUUCUUGUGUAGAACCAGAAGUAAAGCAAGAACAGCAUUUGGCAUCAACUGAUCCCAGUAAAGGAACUGAUGCAGAGGUAAAAAAAGAGCCAGAAUCUGCAAAGGUCAUGUCUUUAAGUUUGGAGAUUCAAGCAGAAGCUGAAGAAAAUGCGGGGAAAGUUUCAGAUACAGCAUUGUUUGCUUCUGGAUCUCACAUUCUUCCUUCUGAGGAGGAUCAGGGUAAGGUCUCUUGUGAAGUAGCUGAUAUUACUGCUUCUAAACUGGAGAUUAAUACUCCACAAGGAAACACCACAUUAGUUAUUGACACACACUCUGCAAAGAGUGCUGCUGUUCAAGAAAACACAAAACCUUUUACCAAUAAACAAACUACCGCAGUUGGUUUGCAGGCUGAUAAAACAGGGACACACGUUCAAACAAAGGUCCCAAAAAACAUUAUUUGUGCAGAACAAGAAGCAAAGCAAAAACCACAUUCAGCAACAACCGAUCCCAGCAAAGAGACCACUGCAGAUGUAAAGAAAGAACCAGAAUAUAUGACCUUGGCUCCCAAAGAUUGCACUGAGCAGGGUCCUGCCAAAGUUGUGUCUUUGAGUUUGGAGACUCAAACAGAAGCUGAUGGGGAUGACGGGGAAGUUGUCGUUACAGCAUCCAUUAUUUCUGUACCUCACAUGCAUGGGUCUGAGGAGGGUCAGGGUAAUGUCUCUGUUGAGAUAAUCCUGAUCGAGGACAUGGAUGUAGAAACAAUAGAAAAUGAUAAGGAAGAAGCAGUAAAAGUAGAAGGUACAUUCUCCAAUGCCGAAAGAAGAAAAGUAAUGGAAGAAGCAGAUACACAGUCCAGUAAUGCAACUGCUUCAUCUGGUGGCCAAGACAUCAAUUACAACCUUGAAAGUAAAUCUCCAAGUAGAGAGAUUUUGAAGGACCUUGAAUUAGAAGGGAACUUUUUUGUGGGUUUCCAUGAUACCCUUGAGGAACAAAUGGACCCUACUGAGUCGGACAACGAGAUCAUUAAUUUAACAGACCAAGGAGCAGUGUUGAGUAUCACAAAGUCAAGAAAGUCGAUUUUAAGUCAAACAGAUUCUGGCGUGGCUUUGUGUUUAUCUGACCAUGAGGAGAUGAGUCCAACAAAGCCAUUUGCAUGCUUGAGUCCAGAAACAUGUUUAAGCCCAGAUGAGGCAGAGGUGUUAAUGAGCAUGACAGAUCAAGUAUUUUGCCCAGUUGAUCCAGAAGGGGAUGUUAAAAGUCCUGAUUCUCUUAUGAGUACAAAUGAUCCAGACAUAUGUUUGAGUCCAGUUGAGGUUGAGGUGUGUCUGAGUCCAAAUGGUGAAGAAGAAGACGAAGAAAUCUGUCUGAAUCUAACUGAGGCGAUUGCACAUGUGAGACCAGUCGAGAAAUACGUUCUGUCGUCAAAAGAGGAAGAACAGUCUCUGUCCUUUAGGAGCGAUCAAACUUUGCCAGGAGAGGACAGAAAUAGGAAAGUCAGCGUUAUAGGCAGAGAUGGGGACAGUUUGUGUUUUGGAUCGUUUCGAAACAGUCUUGGAGGCAUGGAGUUUGGAGGUCCAGGUGGUCCUAGUAUCAUAGCAGACCAAGAGGAACAGCUUGGUUUUGGAGGCCUUUAUCGUAAAAGUGUAAGAGAUGUGAGAAAUCCCAUGGAGAGUUUCAAAGAUAACAAAGAUGUUCAGAAUAUAAAGGAAGGAGGCAUGUGUUGCUCAGUAGGCCAGAAAGAGAUUGCCAGUAUGGAUGGUAAAGUGAGGGGACAGAAAAACAAUGAUUGGCUGGUUGCCAAGGAGACAAGUAACAGUGAAAAAGUGUUUGUAAGGUCAGCUAGCUUUGGAAGUCUCCCUGCCAAUGAAGGAACUACCUUUAGUGAUUUGGCGAGUAAUUCAGGAGGUAGUAUUAUGGCUAGUAGUUUUGUUGGCACAGCUGCAAAUUCAUCAGGUAGGGUCAGUGGUAAUGCAGAAGCUGUCAUUACAACUGGAGUAGAGGGAACUUUCAGGCAGGGAGGUGGAGACUGGAGGGUUUAUGGCGGAAGUCUGGGAUGCACAAGUACAACUUUACCCAGUACAGGGAGUGAAGAAAGCCUGUCAAGCCGAACAGAAAAAGGGAGGUUCGGCAGUAAAGGAACUGGGGAGUGGGCAUUUUAUGGUGGCAGUCUUGGACGAAAGAGCAGCCUUGAUGGUGGCACUUGCUUACCAAGUGAAAGAAAAGAAGAAGGCCCAUCAGUUGCCUCAAACCCUGCAACAAGUGCACCAGAAAAAAGAAGAUUCGGCAAUAGAGGGAAUGGAGAAUGGAUGGUUUAUGGAGGUAGUCUUGGACAUGAAAGCAGCUUGCCCAGAACAGGGAGUGAAGAAAGUCCGUCUGUGGGAAUGAUCCCUGCAACAAGUCCACCAGACAGAGGAAGGUUUGGAAGUGGAGGGAGUGGAGAGUGGAUGGUUUCCAGCGGCAGUCUAAAAUGCAGUGAUAUUGUACCCAUUCCACAGAGCAGGGACAGCCAGUCAACUGCCAUGCACCUUCCAACAAGUCCUACAGGAACAGGGGGAUUUGGUCUCAGAGGGAGUGGCGAGUGGAGAGUCUAUGGUCCGAGUUCUGGACGUAUGAGCAGCAAUACCUUACCCAAUGCAGACAGCGUAGAAAGACCUUUUAUGGCAGUGCAACAAGCAACAAGCCCACAGAGAGUGCAGAGGUUUGGCAGUGGAGAUAGUGGAGAGUGGAGAGUUUAUGGUGGGAGUAGUGGACGUUUGAGUAGUGCCAGUAAUGCAGACAGGGUCAGUGUCAAUGCAAAUUUUGGCAAAGUCAUCAGUCCACCAAGUAGCUACACAAGUACUGGACGAAGGCUCAGCAGUACUGGUAGUGGUGGCAGGCUCAGCUCGGGUAGUGUUGUUAGGCGCAGUAGCAGUGUAGGUAGUGGUGGUAGUUUAAGUCGCUCAGGAAGUGGAAGCAAACUCAGCAGCUCGCCCGGGAGCCACAGGAUCAGCAGUUCUGGGAGAUUCGCCAGCACUGGCAGCGGCGACUCAACGCCAGUUUACAGCUCAGCCUACGAACGGAGGAGCACAGUGGGGAUUGCAGGGCGAUCAGGUGGAGGGGGGACAACCAACAGCCAACGAGCCCCUAGCCCCGGGUGGCUGAGCAGUUCACCAGCUGGCGGGAGAGGCAUGGGAAGCCCUGGGACCGUGUCUAAAAACAGCAGUGGAGGUAGCAGCGACCGAAUUAGCAGCCGAGCCGAUGUAAGGAUAAGCAGCUCCCCUGGGUCAGGGGGUACUAAAUGCACAGGGGGGAGGGUAAUCAGCAGCAGCAACCGGCAAAUCAGGAGCACUGGCAGUGGAGCCGGAGGCAACAAGGAGAGAAUCAGUGUGUGUAAGAUGGCGGCUCUGUCAAUCUCUGCAGCAGGAAGGGAGAGAAGUCAGGAAAUACAAAGAAAAGCUCAACAAAAACAACAACAACAGGCUUCAGUUACCUCUCCCCUCGUGCAGCGCUGGCUGACCACAGGUGUCAGGGUUACAGAUGGCAAAGCUGACGACAUCUUGUGAAUGGACCACUAAAGCAGGGGUGGGGAACCUUUUUCCUCUCAAGGGCCAUUUCAAUUUUUUCAACAUCCUCCGAGAGCCAUACAAAUUAUUGACCUCUGCUUAAAAAUACUAAAAUCACAGCCCAUUCAUUUGGCCUUUCUUUCAUGCUGUGCAAAGAAAAAGCAACCUCUUAAUCCAGAUAUCUUACCAUGACUCGCGUAUGCGUUUACUUUAUUCUCUUAUUUUUUUAUAACUAUAAUGAUCAUAUAAAGAUGUGCCUUUACCUCACUGGUUGUAGAAAAAGUUUCUUAUAUUCGUUAGCAUGCUAGCUAACCAGAUGCUAAUAACAACAAAGUUAUUGACUGUAUGAUCAGUAUGACAGAU